CUUCGUCAAUGUGUUCCCGAAGGUGCGGCGGAACCUCAGAGGUGCCUGUCACAACCAAACCGCGUCAUCUGGCACGAACCGGGACAAGACGCCGUGAUCCGGUGCUACGUGCAUCCCGACUGCUCGGCGCGAGGCCUCCGCUACGAGUGGUUCGCUUUCGAGCGCAAAUCCCACGGCCGUCUCGACCUGGCCCACAAGCGCCACAAGUACAGCCUGCAAGAGGCCACUUUACAAGUGAUGUCCCUGACCGCCAACGACAGCGGGGUUUACUACUGCGCCGCCACGGUCCAGGGCGAACCGGCACCGGGGGCGCAGUACGUCGGCCUGGGAACGACUCUUGUUGUGAAGGAAAAGACGAAGCUCAUGGUGGGUCACGUUCUGUUGUGGCUAACGUUCGUCGUCCUGGCCGUCUACAGCUCGGCAACACUGACGCUUAGCAUUCAAAAGAAGUACGGCCUCAAUAUAUGCAACUGCAGACGGACACACAAAGGCCACAAGAAAAGCACAAGGAAAACAAGAAUAUUCCACGAUGUGCUGCAAGAGAUGCACCACAGACGCGAGGUGAAGAGGAGCAAACAGACGGCGAGGAGAAACCCUGCGCCUGCGCCGGUUCAGGUGCCUGCUGCAGACUUAAAUAUCACGCCUGAUGACAUCUAUCAAAAUGUGUAAGACGUGCAUUAUAAGACGCCCUGCGUUGCACCUUUUCAUUUCCACUUCUGGACAGAAGUGGAAACAAAAAAAGAACAUUGAACAAAUGUUGAUUAUUUCUGGGACUGGGAGACGUCACACCAAUUUGCGAAUGUGGCUCGUCGGAAGGCACGCGCGCUUUUUACGGUUUUGCCAUCGUACGCUCACAUACAGGGACUCUCAAUGGCCAAUUGUGCACGAUGCGGCCAUACACGGCGGCGGCCCAUGAGCGCAUUUGAUCCAGUCUGCCGUGCAAUUCGAAAAACAAACCUCAUCGAAAUUGUUCUAUAUUGAUUUAACCCAAUAAUGCUCAAUAUAUAAAAGGAAACAUUUGUACGUUCGUUCGUGGCAUAUUCUUUCAUUCGUUUAGUAAGGCCCUACCAUUCCCAAAAAAAAAAAACACUUUGAUUUCUACUUUUCCCCUGAUAACUUUGCUGAAAAUGGUCAAAAAUGCUUCUGAUUCCAUAAUGGUAAAUGGUCAUCUUUUACAAAUCCGACGCUUUAACCUCGUUUUGAUUGUUAAUUUGAACUGCAGUGUGUUGGUGCUCAAAGGCAAAAUCCUAAAAACAAACUCAAUGUCCGUAAACCUCUCGGCCUCCUCGUGCUUUCUGUAUGCGAGUGUGAAUCGUGUCUGUGCAGGCAGCGCGAACGGCAAAGACGGGAAGAGUAACCUAUUUUUCAAUAAAAGACUAAAGCCAA